AUGAAAGAAAACCGGAAAACAACGAGCAAUUGGGUCAAGAGAAACUUGAGGCGCUUGAUUCGUCGAAACUACGUAAGAUGGGCUACGGUUAUCGCCAAGUAUCCCUUCUGCCUCAUUUUCAUCAGCGUCGUUUUCACCUUGAUAUGCUGUCUUUCCUUUUACUUCAAAACUCCUUAUUCGAUCCACUCACUCCCGUCGGAGAAUUUCUCGGAGAACAAGCCAGAAGGAUACAUCCUCCAGUUUGAAUUUGAAAACAAGCAUCCCACGAGAAAACUCAUCGAUGAAACAACGAUAGUUAUCCGGAAUCAUGAAUAUCUGUCGAACAACUGCGUUCACGGAGAAUCGCUAAAGUCGGGAAUUCCACCAGAGCUGUCAAAAGUGAUCCCGAAUCAUUCCUGUCUCAUCUUUUCACCGGCGAAUCUUCCUGAUUCUGAUCACGAAUUUCCGCGAAAUGUUGAAGAGUUAUUCAAGCGUCACAAAAAGGCAGCGCGCAUUUUAUGGGGGUCCAAGUGGAAACACUAUCCACCCGUUGUUACCGUGGUUUUGCGACAUGACAUUGAUCCACAAGCACCUUGGCUUCUCUCUUUGGCAAGGGAUCUAUUUCCAGCGAGCGCGAGCGAAAACGUGUCAACCCCGCCAAGAUCCGGGACCGAACCACUGAUCAACAUAAAUUUCCAUUUUGGGUAUCCCGCGACGAUUGAUUGGUUGGUUUAUCUCUCAGCGGGAAUCUUACUGUACGUUUAUUAUUACGUUACGGUCAGAAAGAUGAAUUUUCUCGAAUCCAGUAUUAUCACAAGUGCUGCUGUCUGUGGAACACUGAUAAUGUCUCUAAUGGUCGCUUUAGGAUCUUGCCUCGCGCUGGAUCUGGACAUUUACGUCGAGUCCGGACCGUUCGAGCGCGGAAUCGGCUGGAUUUUCAUCUACUACACUUUUACGUUUAUUGCGUUUGAAUCUGUACUGAUGCUGACGAAGUGUAUCAUAGAAACGCCUGUCGAAGAGGGGCCAACUGAGCGGAUCGCGCACGGAUUGCUCCGCGGCGGGUGCCACCUCUCCAAGUUCUUCUUCGCUCAAUUAGCGCUGACCAUGAUUGGCUCGAUCUCCGAAUACUCUCGCAGUUUUUCUAUCUUUGCUCUGAUUAUGGUUCUCUCGCACUCUGCUCUUCUUCAUUCUUUCUUCGCCCCUAUUCUCUUUCUCGAGCUCAAGCAACUUGAGCGAUCAGAACCAAAAUGGAUUCACAAAAGAUCUGGAGCCGCAAUAAGAUUGCGUCGUUAUUGGAAUUCCAGGAAUUCUGGAAAGUUCAGGGAGGACACUCUCGAAGAUGUGACUCCGCUGGUCGACCUUGGGGAGAAUCAUAUUGACCCGAUUGAGGGGAUGUUCCAGCCACUGAGGAUCAAGUUGUUAAAAACAUGGGCCCACAAGGCAAUUCUGCAGAAAAUUGCGAUGAUUGUCUUUAUAACUUGGAUUGGUUAUCGAGUUUUUAUGGUCGAUCCAAGUGAAAUCAACAACGACUACGAUGACAAUGACCUGGAGUUUGCUAAACUGCCGUGGGCGUAUGCUUUCCAACUCUAUUCAAGAGAUAUUCGCGGAAAGCAUCUAUCCUUCCUUCCUCGAAUUCGUGUUCCUUUCGAUCCCAGUGGCUCCCGUCCGAUCCCAAUCUAUCAGGAAACCAAGGAUUCUCCUCGCUUGACCCAGUUUGUCUCCUGGAAACUUGUUUCGCUGAUUAUCGCCUUUGCAGCAGCUAUUUAUAAGCUUUAUAAGGCGUACGAGAGGAAAAUCGAAAUCAACAAGGCAUUUGUGGAGUAUUUUGAUUCCCGGAAGGCCUCGAAAUCGCUCUAUGAAGAUGUCGCGCUGGAAAAACAUUUGGAGUUGGAAUUCACCAUUGAUCAUGUUGCACAAGAUGAAGAAACUGGGAACCUGCUUUUAGUUGACUCUUCCGGAUCUUUGACGAUUUUUGAUGCUUCAAGUAACAAAAUUGUCGCUCAGAAGCUGUCUCAGAUUUCUUCUUAUCGCGCUUCCACGACAUCAGAUUCGAGACAUCAUUUUACCGAGGACGAUAAUCCAUUGAUAUCUGACGAUGAGACUGUUUGGUCUAUCGGAAUUCAUCAAAACAACAUCAUUCUUGGCUUCUAG